UCUCAAUUUCAUUUCAGACAGCAUAAAAUCAUAACUCAAUCACUUCUGUUUCAGUACUAUCUAAUGGCUCCUUCCAGUACAUCGGUCUUGUUCUUGUUCUUGUUGUCUUGUUUCUUGGGUUUGGAUUUUGCGUCGUGCAACUUCUACCGGGACGUGGACGUAACUUGGGGAGACGGUCGAGGUAAGAUUAUGAACAAUGGGAGAGGUCUGAGCCUGUCUUUGGACAAAGCCUCGGGCUCGGGGUUUCAAUCCAAACACGAGUAUCUGUACGGCAAAGUCGAGAUGCAGAUCAAGCUUGUCCCUGGCAAUUCUGCUGGAACUGUCACCACCUUCUACAUGAAAUCACCCGGUUCGACAUGGGAUGAGAUCGAUUUUGAGUUCUUGGGCAACUUGAGUGGUGACCCGUACACUCUACACACCAAUGUGUACACCCAAGGCAAAGGUGAUAGAGAGCAACAAUUUCACCUUUGGUUCGACCCGACAGCCGAUUUUCAUACUUACUCCAUCACUUGGAAUCCCCACAUAAUCAUUUUCACUGUUGAUGGGACACCGAUACGAGAAUUUAGGAACAUGGAGACAAGUGGAGUGAAUUUCCCGAAGAACCAACCGAUGAGAGUGUACUCGAGCCUUUGGAACGCCGAUGAAUGGGCCACGAGAGGAGGUCUGGUCAAGACGGACUGGUCCAAGGCUCCCUUCACGGCUUAUUACCGCAACUUCAAAGCCGACGACGCUUGUGUCUGGUCGAAGGGCCGGUCCUCUUGCCGGUCGAAGUCAACCGCGUGGUUGUCUCAGAAAGUGGACGCGACCGGUCAGAAGAGGAUGAGAUGGAUUAGGAAACGGUUCAUGAUUUACGAUUACUGCAGAGAUUCCAACAGGUUCCCGCAGGGCCUGCCUCGAGAAUGCAUCUUGCCCUGAAUAUAUUCUCUUCCUUAAUUAUAUGUUUAUGUUGUUUAUCAAUUCAAUUUGUUUAUAUUCUUUUCUUAAUAUUUAAUGGUAUCAAAUAAUAGAAUUGUCCUAUUGUUUAUUUAUUCAAUGAAAUAUUCGAGCCCAUAUAACUUUCUUUAUC